CACUUCUCACGAACAAUGAUCUUCACCAUCGAGGAGAUCAACAACAGCACAAAGCUGCUGCCGGGCAUCAAACUCGGUUAUCAGAUCUACGACUCGUGCGCGUCUGUGCCUGUUGCAGUGCACGUGGCAUUCCAGCUUUCAAGCGGCCUGGAUCCAGUGUUUUACUCCGGGCACAAUUGCACUCAGUCUGGUAAGGUGAUGGCCGUGGUCGGUGAGUCCGGGUCCACGCCAUCCAUCAGCAUGUCGCGCAUCAUCGGGCCCUUUAACAUUCCGCAGGUUAGUCACUUUGCCACCUGUGCAUGCCUGUCUGAUAAGCAACAGUACCCCAGUUUCUUCAGAACUAUCCCGAGUGACCAGUUCCAGGCUGACGCGCUGGCAAAGCUGGUCAAACACUUUGGUUGGACUUGGAUAGGUGCUAUCCGAUCGGAUUCGGAUUAUGGGAACAGUGGCAUGGCGUCUUUCCUGAAGGCAGCGCACAAAGAGGGGAUCUGUGUGGAAUAUUCAGAAUCUUUCUAUCGGACCAACCCACGUAGCAGGAUCCAGAGAGUAGCCGACAUCAUCCGCAGGUCAACAGCUGUGGUUAUUGUGGCAUUUAUGUCCCCUGGAGACCUAAGGAUUCUGCUGGAGGAGCUAUCAUUGAAGCCCUCUCCACCUCGCCAGUGGAUAGGCAGCGAGUCCUGGCUUACUGACCCAGACAUGCUGAGGUUCAGUUUCUGUGCUGGAGCAAUCGGAUUUGGCAUUGAGCGAGCUCUCAUCCCAGGACUGAGAGACUUCCUGCUGGAUCUCCCUCCCUCUAAAGUGUCUGCCUCUCCGGUGCUGACUGAGUUCUGGGAGGAACAAUUCAACUGCAGGCUGGAAAAAAGUGUCACAGACAACGCGUGUGAUGGAACUGAAGACAUAGGGAAAACCCAGAGCCCAUAUUUUACAACUCAGUUCAGAAUCACUAAUAUGGUGUACAAGGCUGUUUAUGCAAUAGCACAUGCCAUUCAUAAUGCAGUGUGUCAGGAAACACAUUCUAUAACCCAGUGUGACAAACUCACCAGCGUAGAGAUCAAAGAGGUUCUCAAUCAGUUGAAGAAAGUAAAAUUUUCCCAGAAUGGUUAUGAUGUGUCAUUCGAUGCCAAUGGGGACCCUGUGGCCACAUACGAGCUGAUUAACUGGCAGAAAAGCGAGAGUGGCAGCAUUGAGUUAGUGACAGUAGGACACUACAAUGCAUCACUGCCAGUGGGCCAGGAAUUCCAUAUCAAUGGGAACCUCACCUGGGUGGAGGGUGGAACACAAGUGCCUGUGUCAGUUUGUUCUGACAGCUGUCCUGCAGGUACUCGGAAAGUGUUGCGAAAAGGAAAACCCAUCUGCUGUUAUGAUUGUGUAUUGUGUCCCGAGGGAGAGAUUAGCAAUGCUACAGAUUCCCCUGAUUGCUUCACUUGCCCCAAGGAAUUCUGGCCUAAUGCAAAGAGAAACAUUUGUCUCCCCAAGCCUGUAGAGUUUCUUUCCUUCAACGAGGGUCUAGGAAUCAUCCUGUGUGCAUUCUCAGUUGGAGGGGCCUGUCUUGCCGUCCUAACAGCGGCUGUGUUCCACCGUCAUAGGACAUCCCCGAUUGUCAGGGCCAACAACUCUGAGCUGAGCUUCCUGCUGCUCUUCUCUCUGACUCUGUGUUUCUUAUGCUCAUUAACUUUCAUUGGAGCCCCCUCUGACUGGUCCUGCAUGCUGCGCCACACAGCAUUUGGGAUCACCUUCGUCCUCUGUAUGUCUUGUGUUCUUGGAAAAACGAUAGUCGUGUUAAUGGCCUUUAAAGCCACUCUCCCAGGUGGUAAUGUCAUGAAGUGGUUUGGUCCUCCACAGCAAAGAAUGACCGUAGUGUCUUUUACCUUUAUUCAAGUUGUAAUAUGUACCCUUUGGUUGGUUCUUAGCCCUCCUUUUCCAAUGAAAAACCUAACCACGUACAAGGAGAAAAUCAUCCUGGAGUGUGCACUGGGCUCCACCUUUGGGUUUUGGGCUGUGCUCGGGUACAUCGGCCUGCUGGCUGUGUUUUGCUUUGUGCUAGCUGUCCUAGCCCGGAAACUACCUGAUAAUUUUAAUGAAGCCAAGCUCAUCACGUUCAGCAUGCUGAUAUUCUGUGCAGUUUGGGUCACCUUUAUCCCAGCGUAUGUCAGCUCUCCUGGUAAAUUUACUGUGGCUGUGGAGAUAUUUGCCAUUCUGGCCUCCAGUUUUGGACUCAUGUUGUGUAUUUUUGCACCAAAGUGUUUCAUGAUAUUGUUUCAUCCAGAGAAAAACACCAAGAAAUAUUUAAUGAACAAAACUUAA